ACGAGACCAGCAGGCGGAAGGCGAAUUUGCGGAUUGCCCGAAUAAAAUUAGAUUUUCUAUAUCAUCAAGAUGGGUGUUGAAUAUAAUCCCGCGACGAGUAUAUUUUAUUAUACCACGUACACAAUAUUUUCAGUAGUUUUGACAAUAAUCGGUUUGUAUUACAUUCUCAGCGGCCUGGGACCUCGAUUUGACAUCGGCUGGUUCUUGGAAGGUCUCUCUCCAUUCCUGUGGGCUAACAUUGGCAUUGGACUGUGUAUAUCGCUGUCAGUGGUCGGUGCAGCAUGGGGAAUCUUUGUGACCGGCUCCAGCAUCUUAGGAGCUGGCGUCAAGGCACCAAGGAUCAAGACAAAGAAUUUGGUCAGCAUUAUCUUCUGUGAAGCUGUAGCAAUCUAUGGGAUCAUCAUGGCUAUUGUCAUUAGUAAUUUAGCGGAGCCGUAUGAUGAAGCAACUGCAGAUGAAGGUGUAAGAAGAGCGAAUUAUUUUGCUGGUUAUGCCAUGUUCGGCGCUGGCCUGACUGUUGGUUUUGCCAACCUUGCCUGUGGUGUCUGUGUUGGCAUCGUUGGUUCAGGAGCUGCUCUUGCUGAUGCCCAGAACGGUAGCUUAUUCGUCAAAAUCCUGAUUGUAGAAAUCUUUGGUAGUGCUAUUGGUCUGUUUGGAGUUAUUGUGGGCAUUUUACAGAUUACACAUGCCAAGAUGGGAAACAAAGCAGCAUAAUUGGAGCUUCCACAUUCAUCAGUCAUCAUUCCAGGAUACAAGAACAAGAUAUUAGUUCUGGCAAAACAGGUUCUUUUCAAUGAACCCUAAGGUAACAUAGGCUCUUACCCUCCUGUUACCUGUAGGGACAAUCUACCCCUCUGCAUGUUGGGAAAAUUGUGCAAUGGUUGGAAACCCACUGAUUUGUGUGUUGACUUAAAUUCAUCAUUGAAUUACCUAGGGUUGCGAAAUGUUAGGGAUAAAAGUUCAUUGAAAUGCAUCAAAAGUAUGAUAUUAUUAUAGUGAUUAUGAUUUACAGUGAAAGAAUAAUGUUGAAUUACCUUGCAAAUGAAUAGAGGUCAGAUUACUUUCUAGAUUACAACAAUCGAGCAGUAGUCCACGCUGAAUUGGUGAUAUUUUUCUUGGGGCUACCUCGUACUUUUGUUGUGACAUUCUCAGACAUUAAAUAACACCUGGAGUUCUCUGAUGUACAUUCCUAAAACAUUGUGAUCUGAAGUAGCUGACCUCAGCCAAACAAUAGCAACCUUACUGACAUCGGACUAUGUGCUGGACUCGUCAGGUUUGGGUCCCUUCGAUUAAGAAAACAUCGCCUUUCGACAACUGAAUGUUUCUUGUUGAAUUCAAAUAUUGAAGUGCUGCUCGCAUGUUAACCACCUAGGUCAUGUAGUUGACAUCAUGUAAGAUCGUGAUGGUCACUCGAGACUGUGAGUCAAGACAUUGUGUCAACAUGGCUGGCUGGCACAUUAAUCAGAAAGUGUUGAUGAUAUUGUAGGCCUAUGAGUGAUCUUCUUCAUUGAACCCAACUUUAAGUGGAGGCUGUGCACCCUUUAGACAUGUUAGUUUAAACCUCCAUUGUGUGUUGAUGUACUGAAUCUGUAGACGUCUAUAUGGGCAGUAGCUAUAGUGAAUGGUGAUACUUGUCAGUUUAUGUGAUAAAAGAUGUAGAGCACUGUGGAAACAUGAGGUCAAGGGUUGACAAAUAUAGAGAGUUGUAAACAGAGUGAUUAGUUAGUUUUAUGGAUGUGUACAUCAGUGAACUUGUUCGAGUUCAACCUUCGAUUUUAUGUUUUACCUUUGCCAGCAUUGUCUGAUUUAUAUAUACGGUGCAUAACCAAAACAAUGUUUCAUAGACGAUGUGACAGAUACAUUUAGGUACUUGUAAAGAUUAUUCUGGCCGUGUUGUGUAAUCAUGUUUUUCUCUAAGACACUAAUUCCCUAGUUUACAAAGUAUAAAGGAGAAAUUUAUGUCUUUGAUAAAAAUCUGAGAUGAUAAGUAGUCUGUAGUUGUUAUAGGAAAAGAAGCAUGUCUUUAAAUGGAUGAGAAGCCAUAACGACUCUGGAACUGUAAGCAGUGAGUUGUAAAUGUAUAAAAUAUAAACUAGCCAGUAGCUGCUGCUACUACUAGAUGUCAGAACUGUGCGACUAAUGAUAGAUUCCCAAUACUGGUGCAGGUGAAGCCAUCUGUCUGGAUGGCUCCUGACCGGAUUUACAGUAUGUCUCCCUGUGCAAUCUAAUGUGCCUCAUCAGAUGUGAAAGUCUGUUGGGAGGUGAUUAACGUGAUGUGUCUGAUUAAUGUACAAUAUAGCUGCCCUGGUGAGUGAAUUCCUCACAAAAACCUGGUAAACAGUCCUCUAUUUCAUGUGAUUCAGAUGAUCGUGAUCUUGAAUAGAAUAGAGUGGAGAGCUAAUAGAACACGUCUUUGUAAGGAAUUCUUUAAACCAUGAUGGAUAGAAAUCAUAAUGUAUAUUUAUUGCUGUAUAAAUCUGUAUAUUAUUGGUGUGUGUCGUGGUUGAUGUCGUCAUCAUCAAAUGUAAAUAAACAUAAUCAAAGAAAA